UUUUUUUUGAAAAUUUUUGAAAAUAUUUAAUAAUUAUCAUUAAUUAUUUCGUAAUAUUUAAUAAUAAUAAUAAAAACAAUAAAAGUAAUGGUAAUAAUAUAAAUAAUAAUAACUAGUUUUCAAAGCGGACAUAUUAAAAAUUGAAGGGUAGAUCAUAAACAACAACAACAACAACAUCAUCUUCAACACUGACAACAACAACAACAACAACAACAACAUCAUCUUCAACACUGACAACAACAACAACAACAACAUCAUCAUCUUCAACACUGACAACAGCAACAACAACAUCAAUAUUGACAAUAACAACAACAUUAUCGGCAACAAUUUUAUAUUUAAGAUAUAACCAUGCAUUCCUGGGGUUAUUGCAAAAAUAACGGUCCUCACAAGUGGGUGGAGCUUGCGCCGGCAGCUCGAGGCCUCCACCAAUCACCGGUCAACAUCGAUACUACUAAGAUUGACAAGUUCCACUUCCGUCCACUGAAGUUCCAGUACGUGCCGAAGAACAGCAAGACCAUCCUUAACAAUGGACAUACCGUUCAAGUUGCUCUUGACGGGAGUGACUCACUACUAGAAGGGGGACCCUUUCCCCAUCGCUACAGGGCCGCACAGUUCCACUUUCACUGGGGUAUGAACAACAACAUGGGCUCCGAGCACAUGGUCGAUGGCAGAUAUUUUGCCGCCGAGCUACAUAUAGUGCAUUGGAACUGCGAACUAUAUUCAUCAAUCGAGGAGGCUGUCAAAUCCGCCAAUGGUUUAGCAGUCCUGGGAGCUUUCAUCAAGCCCGGAAAACAUCACCACGAAAUGGAAAAACUGACAUCAAUGUUACCAAAGAUUCUAUAUUCUGGCGAAAGUGCCGAGUUGAAAGAUGGAUUCGACCCAGCGUCAUUACUGCCAAAGCACACUGACUACUGGACAUACAGUGGCUCUCUGACGACACCACCUUGCUACGAGUCCGCCAGGUUCGUCAUCUUCAAGGAGCCCAUACAAAUCUCAGAAGAUCAACUGAACAGCUUCCGGCAGCUGAGAUCCCAUGCACGUGACACCAGCGCACCACGUGACGACGAAUUUGGCGGAAAAAUUUUGCAAAAUUAUCGCCCACCUAAUCCGCUUAACGAUAGAAAAAUUGUCAGCUCUUGUUGAUGGGACGAUGACAAAGAAGAUGGGGAGGAUUGUGGUGAAGAAGAAGACGAUGGUGAUGAAGAUGAUUUGAUUUUUGUUUUUUGAAGAAACAAGAUUGAUUUCAAAUGCACCCGUUCAUUCAUUCAUUUAUUUGGUAAUUCUUUCAUUCAUCAAUUAUUCAUUCGUUCGUCCAUUUGUUCAUUCGUUUGUUUGUUUGUUUAUUCAUUCAAUCAGAAUAUCGAUAAUUCCUCUUUUUUACGCAUUAAUUCGUUCGUUAAUUCAUUUUCAUCCAUCCAUUUCAUCUUUCAUUCAUUAUUACAUUCACUCAUUCUUUCACUUAUUGUUUCUUAAAUCGUCCAACAUAGAUCUGUGAUUGCACUUUUUUUUAUAAAUCUUUGUUAUAAUUUAAUAAUAAUAUUAAUAAUAAAUAAUAAUAAUAAUAUAUUUUGAUAUGAGACAGUAAAUACUGACGAAUUUAUAUAUUCCAUUCCUUCAUUCAUUCAUCCAUUCAUUUAUCCAUCCAUUCAUUCAUUCAUCAUUCAUUCAUUUAACUUUGCAAAUCGAUUGAUUAAUUAAGCAUGUUAGUUGACUCAUUUAAUUUAUUUUUCCCGAGAUCGUUAGGACUGUUCUUGCACUAAUAAAAUGUUUUUUUACCGAGUUAUUCCAAUGAUGGACUGAGUGAAUUAAUUGAAAAAAUGAGUUAAUGAGUGAAUGAAUAACUGAUGAACGAACGAACGAAUAAAUAAAUGAAGGAAUGAAUAAAUGAUUGAUUGAUUAAAUGAAUGAAUGACAAGACGAUUAAACGAAAGUUAGAUUUAAUAGAAGUGAAACGAGUAAAUAAAUAAGUGAAUGAACGAACGACUGAAUGAUGAAUGAAUGAAUGAUGAAUUAAUUGAUUAAUCAGCAGGCUGAAAUAUAUACAUAUACCUAUCAUUAUUCUCAUUAAAAAAUGAAAACGGAAUUCUGCGUGUAUCUCUGAAGAUGUUUGUAUCUGUUUGUAUCU